AUGUCCUCCUCUAAAAGGCCCCGAACGUCCGUCUCGCCGACAGUAUCGCCUUCGUCGUCAUCUCCAGAGCCAGAACCGACGCACAAGGCCUUGCGUACGGCUGCCAGUGCUGGUCACCCACUACUCUGUACGCUGCCGCCGACGUGCAGUCAUAAACCCACGCCUAUCGCUAAUUCGAAGGACUUGGAGACGCAUUAUGCGACCUACCAUGCUCAUGUAUGCGAGGAGCCGGGAUGCUCAUGCGUGUUUCCCGAGGCAAGGCUGCUGGAAUUGAAUGCCAUGACCCUACUAGCAGCUAUUCGUAAAGAACGUGGAGAUAAAAUUUUUGCUUGCCACCUCACGACAUGUCCUAAAGUAUUUCAGACGCCCAAAGCACGACGACUACAUCUAAUAAACGCGCAUGGCUUUCCAAAGGAGUAUUUCUUUGCUGUCACCAACAAGGGCGUCGGAGGCCUAUUGAAGAAGUGGGGUGAAGGCGCGAGUAUGAUACGCGGAGAAUGGAAGAAAAAGGAGGGAAACGACGACGAAGAAGAAGAAGGCAACGACACUCAGUCAGAUACUGGUACUGCCGAAGAGAUCAAAAUCGAGGAACCCAGCCACGAACACGAUCCACGCGCCGGAGAGAAAAGCGAAGAUCUAGACGCGUUAGCCGAUUCGAUGACCUCACUUUCUUUGGUGCCCAACUCGAUACGGUUCGGUCGCGGUGGAAAAGGCGGAGGGUUCCCCCAUUCUCAUACCCAUCCCCAUCACGCCAGCCCAGACUCGACCGAUGGCCGGACACGAACGCGAGGUAGAGGAGGAAGGAGGGGAAAGCGUGCAAUGUCCCGUUACGCGCCUGGUGGUGGUGGGCAAGAAGGUGGAGCUGCCAUGGAUGUCGACAGUGGACCUUCAGUUGGGCGCCGAGGCUUCCCUAGAGGAAUAAACCGUGGCUUCGUUCCCCGUGCACGCGCUCGAGGUCUGGCGCCGCCGUUACACACUGUAUCACGAGGUGGACCAGGGAUCAUCAUGAGAGGCAGAGGAGGCGCAGGCACCGGAUUUGUCUGA